AUGGCUCCUGGAUUCCUCUUCUGGGUCCUGGUCUGCUGGUCGGUGCUAACUAUGGCAGAAGGACAAGAUGUAGUCACCCCUCCUGGUGGUUCACAAGACAAUGUGACCCCUACAGACUGCCAGAUCUUCACGCUCACCCCUCCGCCCCCCACAAGGAAGCCUGCAGUAACAAGGACCCAACCCAACCCAAGGAUGUUUCCAUGGAUGUGGUUGUAUCUUAUACCAAGAAGACCUGGCCGCUCUCCGAGGCUGCCUAACAGACUUUUGCUCUUUCCAAACUACAACCCCCGCUUCCAGUUCCUUCCUCUCUACCUGCCACAAGGUAGACUUCCUGGGAGAUACACAUAUACUGGAAGCUCAUCUGAGGAGAGCAUAGAGAAGUGA